UAAUUCCUGACACGGUCUGGUACGAAAGUGAUUUCAAUCUAUGGUAGAAAGCCUAUAAAUUCAGUGAUCCAGCAGAUAGUUGAUCAGUUUGGAGCUCGUUCUCUUAUAGAAGGCUACGAAUCUAGAGAAAGCUUGUAGCAUCGGAGAUACCUUACAAACAUGGAGGUGAAAGUGACACUGAUCGUUGCCAUUGUGGCUGCUCUUGCUAUCUCGGCUCACGCACAAAGAGAUUUCAAUGAACGACGAGGAAAGGAGAAUGACACAGAGAGAGGACAAGGUGGCUUUGGAGGAAGGCCUGGUGGAAUGCAGAUGGGUAGUCCUAGGCAAGAUGGUGGACAAAUGGGUGGAAGGAGGUUCGAUGGACCUGAAUCUGGUGCCCCACAAAUGGAAGGACGCAGACAAAAUGGCGGUCCGAUGGGUGGUAGGAGAUUCGACGGACCUCGAUUUGGUGGCUCCAGACCAGAUGGUGCUGGAGGAAGACCUUUCUUCGGCCAAGGAGGCAGGCGUGGUGAUGGAGAAGAAGAAACUGAUGCUGCCCAACAAAUUGGUGAUGGUCUAGGAGGGCGCGGUCAGUUUGAUGGUCAUGGACGUGGACAUCAUGGUCACCGUCAAGGUCCUCCUCAGGACCGACCAGAGGAACAACCGUUCGGUCAGCGCAACGAAAGCAGCGAUGAGGAUGGCCGUCCUCACCCUCGCCACCAUGGCCGCCACCACCAGCAUCAUCAUCGCAACCACACAGAAGGUCACCAAGGUCACAAUGAGACAGGAGAUCACCCCCACCGUCAUCACAACAAGACCGGAGAUGGAGAUCAGGACAGACCAAUGUUUGAGAUGAGGCCCUUCCGGUUCAACCCGUUCGGUAGAAAGCCUUUCGGAGACCGUCCCUUCGACAGACGCAACGGAACCGAAGAAGGAUCUCCCAGGCGUGAUGGCCAACGUCGGCCCUAUGGUAACCGAGGACGUUGGGGUGAGAAUGAAAGUGAGGAGAAGGAGCAUCCAACGACGGAAAGCGUAACGACAUCUUCACCACCUUAAGUGGUCGAGAUCGCAGUCAAUGAAGAAGACAUCAAUGUGGUCGCCGAGGUAUAGAAUUUGUUUAAACAAAAAUUGCUUGUGUUAAUAUACUAAUAUAGUCACCAAUGUCUUUCAUUGGACAGAAUGCAUAUCUUUAGUACCAGAGCCUACAACAGAAUUUUGUCUAAAAAAUCCAGAUACAAGAAACUGGAAGCCAGUGAAAGGUGAAUGAAAUUUUGAUAAAUUAUCAAAAUCUAAUUUUGUACUGAAUUUUCGAAGUCUUGUUAAAUAAAAUAUACAACUGAAAUCAUA